CUUUCAUUUUUUUUUCUGUCGUUUUCUUUUUUGUCUUUUUUUUUUUCUUUUUUUUUUCCUUUUUUUUUUUUUCCUUUCUUCCCCGUUUUACCAUUUUUUCUUUCUACAAACCCUAAUAUUUCGAUAAUUUUAUCGAGAUCGAAUCAUAUUACCUGCGAGAAUCAACCAAAAAAAUAAAAAAAAUGCAGAAUCAGAGGCUGAAGCAGCAGCAACAUCAAGCUCUGAUGCAGCAGGCUCUUCUCCAACAACAGUCUCUCUAUCACCCCGGUCUUUUAGCAGCUCCCCAGAUUGAGCCUAUUCCAAGUGGAAAUCUUCCUCCUGGUUUUGAUCCAAGUACAUGCCGCAGUGUAUAUGUCGGGAAUGUUCACACACAGGUGACGGAAAUACUUCUUCAAGAAGUUUUUGCUAGCACUGGGCCUGUGGAGGCCUGCAAGCUUAUUAGAAAAGAAAAGUCAUCAUAUGGAUUUAUCCAUUACUUCGACCGUAGAUCAGCUGCCCUUGCAAUAGUGUCCCUCAAUGGAAGGCAUCUAUUUGGCCAACCUAUUAAAGUUAACUGGGCAUAUGCCAGUGGUCAAAGAGAGGAUACGUCAGGCCACUUCAACAUUUUUGUUGGUGAUCUCAGUCCCGAGGUCACUGAUGCCAUGUUGUUUGCGUGCUUUUCCGUCUACCCUGGUUGCUCUGAUGCGAGGGUUAUGUGGGAUCAAAAGACUGGGCGAUCCAGGGGAUUUGGAUUCGUGUCUUUCCGAAACCAGCAGGAUGCUCAAAGUGCAAUUAAUGAUUUAACUGGUAAGUGGCUUGGCAGCAGGCAAAUACGUUGCAACUGGGCUGCGAAAGGUGCCGGAACCAGUGAUGACAACCAGAACUCAGAUUCUAAAAGUGUUGUCGAACUUACAAAUGGCUCCUCAGAAGACGGUAAAGAGGCAGCAAGUAGUGAUUCUGCUCCUGAGAAUAAUCCUCAAUACACCACUGUCUAUGUCGGCAAUCUUCCUCCAGAUGUAACACAGGCUGACCUCCAUCGACAUUUCCACACACUUGGCGCAGGAUCGAUUGAAGAAGUUAGGGUCCAACGAGACAAAGGUUUUGGCUUUGUCAGGUACAGCACACACGCUGAGGCUGCUAUGGCUAUUUCAAUCGGAAAUACCCAGUCAUCAUAUCUCUCCGGCAAACAAAUCAAGUGCUCGUGGGGAAACAAGCCGACCCCACCUGGAACAAGCUCAAAUCCGCUGCCGCCACCUGUACCGGCAUCUAUGCCGGGGCUUUCUACGGCAGAGCUGCUAGCAUACGAGCGGCAACUUGCGAUGAGUAAAAUGGGCGGCAUUCACCCGCUAAUGGGCGGCAUGCACCCACAGGGGCAGCAUGCUCUCAAGCAAGUGUCGAUGGGAAUGGGUGGUGCUGGUGCCAGCCAAGCUAUUUACGAUGUCGGUUAUCAGAAUCUUGCUGCCGCUCAGCAACUCAUGUACUAUCAGUAAUUUAUUACGGACUUUGUGAGAAUUUCGACUGUUGGAUUUUUUCACUUGAUGCUCCCGUUUGAGUUUUUUUUUCUUUCUCCGAAGUUUGUAGGAUAAUUUGUAAGGUUUUUUGUUUUUCGCAUUGUUUAUCGACUGAAUAUGUAUGUCGUCGCCCCCUAUGUAUUUUACACGUUCUUUGUAUGCUUCUUUUCUUCGUGUUCGGAUUAGAGUAAACUGUGGUUUCGUUUGAGUUAUAUGACAUAUACGUGGGAUAAUUUAUCGA